ACUUGAAAUGCAGUCACACUGCAGAAAGGGAAGUGACUUUCAAAAGUCACUUAGCUCACAACUUAAAGUUUUAAUUUCCUUCAAACUCUUUUGCAUUUUGCAGAGAAACCAAACAACAUGGAAGCAAUCUGCGAUGAGGUGCAGACAUUGCAGAAUAAUGUGUUGGAUGCAGAUCCUGCCAUUCCAGAAAAGGAAAAGAAAGCUCAAAGAUACACUCUGCUUCAUCUGGUGGCUGUGGCUUUGGGGAUUAUUGGUUUCAUCUUGGUGUCGACCUUCAUCGCCGUCAGAAUCCACUUCAUGUCAGAGCAGCACAGAGAAGGAAACAGCUUGAUGGCAGAGAUUCUGCAGCUGCGGACAGAAAUGACGGAUUUAAAGACACAGAGAGAAGAGCUGACCAGAGAGAGAGACCAACUCAACUGGACCCUCGGAGUCAUCAUGGAAUAUCAAGACCUCCCUGUGAAAACAUUCUGCCCACAGAAAGUGUGUAAACCUUGCCUGGACGGCUGGGUGCUGUUUCAGUCAAACUGCUACCUGUUUACAGCAGGUACUCGGUCCUCCAAUUGGAAGAAUUGGCAGGAUAGCCGCUCUGAUUGCCAACAAAUGCGUGCGGAUCUGGUGGUGAUUGAGAGCUUGGAGGAACAGGAAUUCAUCUAUAACCACACAGAGCACUAUGAUGAUGACAAUCAUGGAUAUUGGAUCGGCUUGAGCAAGACGGACACGUGGACGUGGGUAGAUGGACGCAACCUCACUGUGACGCCUCAGUUCCAGUUACCGAUGACCCACUCCCCCAAAUCAAGUGGCUCAUUGGGAAUUGGGGGUGAGGCCUAUCAGUUACCGAUAUAUAGUAAGAUAGUGCCUAAUCUUGAUGUUCAAAUUUCAGUAAACCUGACGGCCAUGAAAGUUCUGGAAGCAACAAGAUGGCAGCAACAGAGGGGAUUGUGUUUUGAGUCAGCAGAAAGCAGAUCCUCCGGCCAACUGGUGCGGAAAGAGCUGCUGGAUGAAGAACCGCUGGAUCUGUGA